AAAAAAAAAAUCUUCCAGUGGCCCUAAUCCUCUUCAGUAAUUUAUCUAUGGGGGAAAUGAAUGGGAAUGUAACCUCUGAACCUGAACCGGGGGGCAAGUAAACCGUGUUGAAUGUCAGUGCCUCCUGUCUCCUCCUCACCACCCAAUCACUGAACAGCUUUGAGUUUCUUGUUACUUCAAGAACAGUUGCUAUGGAGCUCAGAUCCUUACACAGAGUCAGGCGAGACCGGGAUGCAUCAUGUGGACAUAGAGUAUUUGGAGGAGUGAUCGAUUAUAGUCCCGUUUAACUGGAUAUCAUUUAAAGUGCACGUGUAGGAAUGCAGGUCCAGUCAGUACCUCUCAGCUCUAUCACCAUUGGACCGAGGUCUUGGCGAGAUGGCACGGUUCGCUCCAUCCGGCGAGCGGAGCGCCUGGUGCGGCAGACUCGGGCAGGAGGACGGACCCGGAUCUGCAGCGCCUCCGCAAGUUUAUUGACUCCCGAGCAACCAGACAGCACAGCGGAAACCACAGGAGAUAAGAUCACAAGGGAAAAAGUGGAAGAAAGUCGUGACUGCAUUUGCAAUAAGACUUUGUCGAGACCCCAAACUACAGGAUCAAUUUUUCGAGGUGGCUCCCAGAGGACAUUUGUGGCCCCUUUCCCUCCUACCAGCUUGCGUGAGCAGUGUGCUGGAACCAGUGUUGCCGUGGCAGGUGAGUACAUGCGGAGAGUCCGGGAGGUGGAGGGUCAGCUGCGCAGGCAAGCUGGCAAGGUGAGGGAGGAGGGCAUCAAGCUGGAGAGGGAGAGGGGUCACCUGGAGAGGAUGCUUCGAAGCCUCAGGACUCAUCUGAACAUCAACAGGAGGAGCUCUGAGGGGAGGACCGGGAGGCCGUCCACUGCAGAAACAGAGAUGGAUGGUGCUGAUUACUUGUUGCUAUGUGAGAGAAGAGAGCUGGCCCAGUUGAAACAGGAUCUGGAGGGAGCGUUGAGAAACACACUGACCCAGCUGCAGGCUCUGGGUCAGAGCAGUAGAAAGCUGCUGGAAAGUGCCAGUGAGAGGGCUCGUGUCCUGGAGCUGCUGCCCAACAGUGCCUCGGCUGGAAGGCACCGCAGCUCUGCAGAGACCUUCACCAAAACAGACCCCGUCAGCUCCUUUACACCAGAAUGCAAACAGGUUUUGGAGGAGUCCACUUUGACAGUUAACCAGUCACAGCUGCUGAGGGGAAACAUCAGACAGAUGCUAACAAGCGCCAUCGCCAAGCAGAAAGCUGUUCACUGCACCGUCAAUGACGGUCUGGUGAAGAAGAUUUCAGAAACAAUCGGUCUGCAGCAAAACCUGACAUUAAUGUCUGCAGCCACCAGGCAGGCCAUGUUUCGUAAGCAGAGAGAGAUUAACUGUAUCCGUCACAGCCACGACAGACUGCAGGGUCCAGAGUACAGCGGUGACAUCCUGUCCAGAGAGAAACUAAACAGGCCUCUGGUGCAAGUUUAUCAGAGACACCCAGGAACACAGCUGCCUGAGGCUGCUCAUCUCAUACAGGGCAGUGCAGUGCUGAGGCGAUGUCUAACCUCCAAUGAGGGGGAGCUGGUGAGGCUACAGCGCGCCUGUCUGCAGCUGCUGGACGACCAGCACGGCAAAAGAGCAGCAGCUCAGGUAGACGCCGCUGUCACACGCAUGAGGCGGCAGCAGGUGGACAAGCGGGCCAUGCCAUCUUUUCUCCAGCAGGGGGCGUGCUGAAACCAGAAACCCUUCUCUUGUGUCCUUUAAGGCUGCAGAAAUCAUGCAGAGAGAGAGGAUAGUGUGAAGUGUGCCAGGAGAGAUGUAGAGCACGCAUGUGUGAGAUUUACUGAUGCAAUAUCAAUGAAAUAUGAAUGAAAUCACCUAAAUUUGACCGAAAUGUCUAUGAGGUAACAUGUUUUUUUGUUUCUUUAUGUCUUUCAGUCACCUUUAAGUCAGAUAGGUCAAAUCAUGCAAUAUCUAUCUCAUUAACAUUUAUCAUAUAAAGCACAUCUUGACUAUUCAUUUGCUACUAUUGCUUACAGAAACACAACAAUAAACUUCAUGGUUAGAUAAUGCUCUUUAGUUCCAAUAAAGGAGAUUUCUUUC